UUUAUGCGGCGGACAGCGCGCAACCGACCGCAGCCAAAGCGGAAAGCAACAAAAAGAGUCGCCCACCAGGACCCGAGUCGGAAUCUACCAGGAAUCCACCAGGCCGGCCCCUCCCCCCAACGCACCGGGCGGGGAGCAGGAGCGCGGGGCCGACUCCCGAGGCCGCUCUCCGAGGGGACCCAGAGCGCCCCGGAGCAGCCGCGCCCACGCCGGUGCCUUCCCUCAGCGCGCCCUGCAGUGCGCCUCGAUACCAGGCACAAGAGGAGGUGGUCCAGGGGGUGGGGCGGGGGGCCUCGGGAACUCGUUCGAGGCAGGCGGGGCGGGCUGCCCCAGGAUGGGGACACAAAGAGGGAACGGGAGUUUGCAGCGGUGGCGCGGUGGACACGAGUCGGCCCGAGGAAGGUGUGCAAAUUCCGGACCGAGGUGCAGAAGCAACCAGAGAAUCGUGGCCGAGAGGUCCGGCGGGGCAGCGGUUCUGCGCCGGCCAAGAGCAGUCGGUGCACCGCAAGAGGAUCUGCACCAGGCAGUGGGAGGCGGCUCUCCGCAAAGGGGAAAGGCGGGCUGCCGGACGGGCAAGGCCAGGGCCGUGAAGGCGGCCGCUUACCUGCAUGGUGA